AUGACUACUGCGGAUGCUUUGUUUAAUGAAGCGGAUACUAAUCGAGAUGGAGUCUUAUCUCAAAAUGAAUUUCGAGAUUUCGUAGUACGACAUUCUACUGCUGGUCUUGAUACUUCGAAUUAUUCAACUAACAAUGCUUUCAAUAAUUUGGCAACUGGUAGUGGUUAUGGUUCAUCAUCAACUUACGAAACAUCAACAAUUGGUGAUGUAGCUUAUACUGGUGGUGGAUUUGCUGGUACUAAUUAUGAUGCAUCAUCAUAUCGGUCAUCUGUUGGUAAUAUUGUUGGUGAUGCAACAAGUUUAAAUGUUACAGAUGCAAGUUUGCUUGGUUCUUCAUCUGCAUAUCAAUCGUCAAAUUUUCAACAAUAUGAAACAGAUGCACAAGGAAAUUUUAAAGAUUCUAAUCCACAAAUUGUACGACGACCUGCUCCAGAUGGACAACUUACUUAUACACAAAAUGUUCAAGUUCGAUUUCUUAAACCACCACCUGUUCCACCACCAGGACCAUUGUAUAUCAAAGAAGUACGACCACCGCAACCACCACCACCAGCACCACUUCGUGUUCGUCAACAAGCUCCACCACUUCCUACACCGCCGCCACUUGUUUUACGUGAACAACCACCACCGAAGCCACCUAUUGUUGCAUCGCAGACUGUUGUCCGAAAUUUACCUGCAAUACCAGUUCCACCACGAUCGGUUGUUAUCGAUCGUAUGCCUCCAGCACCAGCAAAACCACGUGAUAUUAUUAUUGAACGUUGGAUUCCAUAUGGACCACAGCCACCACGUAAGACAAUUGUUCAACGUGCACCUCCUCCUAAACCUUAUCCACCACCACGUAAUAUUAUUAUUGAAUAUGAACCAUCAAAAGUACGUGUUGUUCGACAAUUUCAACGUCUUGGUAUUACUCCAGAAAAUCCUCAAGAAUAUAUGCAACGUUAUGGAAUAUCACUUAUUGAUUCUCAAACAUUGCUUCAACAAGCACGUGCGGCUGGCGUCGUUGAAGACAUAUCCGCGCCUAAUAUAUCCAGCUCAUUUGCAGUUUCUUCCGCGUCAUCUAAUAAUGGUCUUGGUUUUGAAGUUAACAAUAUUGGUGGAAUUAAUGCUGAAACUAUGGCUAAUGGUGGUAGCCGUGCUUCAUUUUAUGCAUCAUCAUCUAAUGUUGAUGCUUCGAGUCUUGGUGGUUUUCGAUCAACAUUAUCAAAUAUCACACCAUCUUAUAACUUAGCAACUGGUGGAUUAAAUAACGGCAUUAAUGCAGUUUUUGCUGCAGCUGAUACAAACAAUGAUGGUGUUUUGUCUCAAACAGAAUUUCACAAUGCUGGAUUUUAA